CGACAUGUCUUAAUUAUGCAUUGCAGAAACGAAGAGAACAACAAAAAAAAAUGGGACCAAAGGGCUGGUUUAUCCUCAAGCUUUUGAUGUUUCAGGGUCUUUUCAUUUCAUAUUCCCAAGACCAAGAAGACUUUGAUUUCUUCUACUUAGUUCUUCAGUGGCCAGGAGCCUAUUGUGAUACAAAACGUAGUUGUUGCUAUCCAACAUCAGGUAAACCUGCGGCAGAUUUUGGCAUCCACGGUCUUUGGCCUAAUUACAAUGAUGGUUCAUAUCCAUCAAACUGUGAUCCCGACAGUAAAUUUGAUAAAUCUCAGAUAACGGAUCUGGUAAGUAGUUUGAAAAAGACGUGGCCAACAUUAGCGUGUCCGAGCAACGAAGGGUUCAAGUUUUGGACGCACGAGUGGGAAAAACAUGGUACAUGUUCUCAAUCAGCAAUGGACCAGCAUGACUACUUCGAAAAUGCUCUUAAACUCAGAGACAGAGCCAAUCUCCUUGAAGCCCUCACAAACUCCGGAAUCAAACCAGAUGAUAAAUUCUAUGAUCUUGAAAAGAUCAAAAACGCGAUAACAGAUGCGAUUGGGUUUACUCCAGGGAUUGAAUGUAACAAAGAUCCCGAGCGCAACGACCAGCUUCACCAAAUCUACAUCUGCGUCGAUACAUCAGGAACUGAGUUUAUUGAAUGUCCAAUUUUCCCUAGAGGAAGAUGUCCGUCUAAACUCCAGUUUGCGAAGUUUUAAUUGUAUCUUUCUUUGAAUGUGGCUUUCAAACAACGUUAUCUCUUGUUUUGGAAUCUUUUCUAAGUUUAUCUUCUUUUCCUGAGUCCAAAUUCACGCGGACUCUAAAAUGUAAUGUUUCAUGUUACUUUAUCUAAAUUUAAAUAAAAUAAAAAAAACUUUUUUUUGGUCAGCCAGAAAAAA